CUUGAAGGUUUCAGCCAUGAUAAUAGGUCAGUGAUCUUGAGGGUCCUAGGAAUUUGUUCAAGGAUUUGCAUAAUAUUGUGGAAAAUGUUAAUAUUUGGCACCAUCCUGUGAAAUAGGUCUGAGCCUGUCCAGAGUUGGUAGGUUGCUCCAUAUCUCAUCAAACCAGUCUCUUAGUCCUGAGAAUAGAUCAGUUUAGUUAAAAGGUUGUGCCUUGUUUUCGGAAGCAGUGAUGCAGGUGGGUUCCCCAAGUUAGGCCUACAGAGUACAAGCAAUCAGGUAUUUAAUGAGAGGCAUUUCUAUGGAAACAAUCAAAACAAAAAAAAUUAAAAAAAAAACAAAGGUGUGUGACUGGAGCAGAUUGUAAUCCCAAUUUCUGACUUCUGAAGGCAGCCAGAUUUCUAGGUGUUGGGCUUAAAUCCUCUUCAAAUGGAGUGAGGGCAGACAGUGGCAAUCUAAUAGAUUUUCCCGGGUCACAGUUUGAAUCUCUGGUGAUGCUUCUGAGUGGCCCACGCAGCAACAGACAUGAAGGUUGUCCAUACAUGAGCUGUUACGGUGAUUUCUCUGAAAUUUAUAUUAAGUGUCCUAUUUUAGCCUGCAUAGCUUCAUGAAAAGGGCAGUUUUAGUUCUCAAUGAUUCCAAGUCAGGAGGAUGGGAGAAAAAUUUGAAACAUUAGUUUGGAGAGUUGUAGCCAGAUAUUAGAGGAAAUGAGGAGAAAUCAGUAUGCAGACCAGUUUAUAGGUAGACAACAAAACCUCAAUGACAAUUAACAGAACUAGUAUUUAAUAUCCUCAAGUACAUAUUAAAUUUUCUACUGAAACAUAAUUUUUCUGUCUAAAAUUACCCCCAUUUUUAUCAAAGAUAACCAACUUAAGACUAAUUUGCUUGCAAAUUAAGUCUAGUUUCAAUAAACUUGGCUUGAUUAUUUAUAUGAGUACAGCAAGAAAAAGUGACUGACCAUAUAGGCUCCUUUAAGUCUGCUUUGCUGGAACUUUUCAUAAGGAAUCCCAGAUUGAACUUUUAAAAUUCUACAUGACUAUUCUUGAGGCUUGGUUGGGAGGGGCCAGGGCAAUAGGCCACGGCUGGCAGGGACUUAGGAUGGGACAUUUUUAGAGUGAGAAAGUCAGUGGAGAAGAAUCCAGGAGAGGGGACAAAUGGAGCCAAGCCCCUGACUGGCUGAGGGCUGGGCCCAAAAGACAAGAUGGUGUGGGGUUGACUGUCUGCCUAGGGUUUGGCUAGGUGUGUAAGGCUCUAGAAGAAGCUGGUACAGUCAUCCACUCAUCGACAUUAACUGAUGGCUACUCUGUGCCAGACAGUGCCUAGAGGAGGAGAUUGAGUGCUGAAUACACUCCUUUACCCUAUUCCUGAGGAGACCAGAGUGUGGAGGCAGAGGGGACGUAAGACAGAGCCUGGUCUUCCCUCUCCUGGAGGACUCAAUGCUCUUGAGCAACCCUGCCUAUGACACUCCCCAUGGGCCCCAGGAGAGGCCAAGACGUUGUCAGGGAGAUGGAGAAACCAUUUCUUCACCUUCCACAGGAGGCUUCCCGCUCCCACUGCCCAGCAAUCCUGUGAGGCAACAGCAGGGGCUGAGGCAAGUCCAGCUCACAGCCGGGGAGGAGAUCAGGGAUGGGGCAGGUCAGGAAGACGCGUGGUUGGGCCAUUGCAUCAGGCCCAGGAGGGGCAUAAAGGAGGGUCCUGCAUGCUGGGAGGAGGCCGACUUGGGGACCAUGGAGACUCAGAGGGCCAGCCUCGCCCUGGGGCGGUGGUCACUGUGGCUACUGCUGCUGGGACUAGUGGUGCCCUCGGCCAGCGCCCAGACCCUCAGCUACAACGAGACCGUGAUUCGUGCUUUGGAUCAGCUCAACGAGCGGUCCUCAGAAGCUAAUCUCUACCGCCUCCUGGAGCUGGACCCACCUCCCAAGGCCGUGAGUCAGGAGGACCCUGGGGAGGGGGCUGUCUCCCGCCAGCCAUGGCCACACUGUCACCGCCUCUGCUCAGGCUGUACCUCCUGUCAGGAAGGGACUUCUCCCUCUAGGUGGGCUCCCACCUCUUCCAGGAAACCUUCCCAGAGCUGGGUCCCCUCCCAGCAUGAGAGCUUCCUGCCUUAGCAUCUCUACUGUGGGAACAGGUGCCCUGGGCUCCAGGGCUUUCUGGGAGCUCCAGGGUAGGGGGGAUGGUUACUCGGUCUGUGAUGUGACUUCCCUGCUUUAAGUCCCAUCUGUUCCUUAUUGUCUUCCUACCAGGGAGGGCUCUGCUCAGCUUGGAGAUUCCAGUGACAAGGUCUUUCCCUGCAGGUGGUCCCUGACUUGCCUCAGCCCCUCCGUGGGGAAGGUGUUCUCAUCAGAGCUGGUCUGAGGUCCCCUCCUGCUCUCUGUGUGCCCAUGAGUCCAGGAGUGGGCUCUGUCCCCUUCCCCUGUGCACCCAGCACCAAACCCAGGGCCAGGCACACAGGAGGGGCUGAAGAGGCUGCCGUCUAGGUGAGGGGCAGGGAGACAGAUCAGAGAAGGAAGCAUGAGCCCGAGCCCAGUCACCCCACUUUGAUCCUUGACCAGGAUGAGAACCUGGACACCCCAAAGCCUGUGAGCUUCACGGUGAAGGAGACCGUGUGCCCCAGGACGACCCAGCAGCCCCCGGAGCAGUGUGACUUCAAGGAGAAUGGGCUGGUGAAAGAGUGUGUGGGGACAGUCACCCUGGCUCAGAUCAGGGACAACUUCGAUAUCACUUGCACUGUGGUGAGUGGCCCGUUCUGUGUUGUGGAGCUAAUAACAGGGUGCGUUGAGGAACAUCCUUUGGACCAAAUACCCACUGCCCCUUCCAGGGCAGAGAAAGGCCCUCCUACCUGGCCCCUCCCUCACCCGAGCCCCAGGCCUCCAGGACUGGCUCUGCCAUCCCUUAGAGCAGUGGUUCUCUAAGUGGGGUCCCACCCGGGAACUUGACAGAAAGGCAGAUUCCCAGGCCACACUCAGACCUCCUGAAUCAGACUCUGGGCUGGGGCCCAGCCAUUUGUAUUUUCACAAGGCCUCCAGGGGAUUCCAACUGUGCUGAAUUCUGAGAGGCACUGACUAGAGUAAUGUGCUUUCAGCCCCUACUCCCGUCUAGCUUUGCUGGGAUGGGCCUGUGACCCUGGGAAACCCCUUGCCAUCUGUGGACCCCAGUUUCCUCAUCUGUCUGUGGAUGUAGUGUUUCAACCACAUGCUCCAAAGGUCACAGCCAGAAAGUGAACUGGGGCCCAAAGUCUCCUGAAGUCACCCAGUUAGUGGGGAUGUCCACGUGGGGAGGAUUCUGGUCUUACCCUGGGCCCAUUUUCCAUAGUAACUUGUUUCUUCCUGUUGCAUAGCCCCAGAGUGUCAGGGGACUGAGAAGCCUCGGUAGGAAGAUACUAAGAGGUUGGAAGAAGUAUGGCCCGAUUAUCGUCCCAAUAAUCAGAUUAAUUGGGUGAAUUGUGAGCCCAGGGAAAAGACCUAAGGGUCUGCCUGCCCUGGUUCAGACUUCUAGACUCUGAGAAAUAAAUUCUU